GUUGCAUAAAUUGAGAAGAAAAUACGCUAUUUUGAUGAGUUUUAAAAUCAUAUUACAUUGGGAAAGAAGCAAUAAGUGUGCUUAUUGUCAUAACCACAUGUGUCACGGUUAUUUCCUAUAAGAUCUAGCGUUGUCUAGCGAAGUACCCCCCUUGUGUUGAGAUUUCGUAUUCUGAUGCUUUGAUAAGCUUUAUAUCAUCAUUGCACAAUUUAGUACAAACAAUCAACAGUUACAUGAUGGUAUGCUAGGAGUCACUAGCCCAUUAGUAGCUCAUCAGAUUUUGAACUUAGGAGAUUCGGGUUCAGCUCCCAGAACGCUAACAAUCGUGAAAUUAUUGUACAAAUUAUACGUAUAGUACUCACCCUGCUUGUCCUUCUAAGAAAACAGCUUUAAAUGAAUGUCUCCAGGCAGAACGUCACAAGCAACUAAAUGGGAUCUUUCGAUGAAAACAUGUCUGCAAACGAUUUGUCUGACAGAGAACACAGCAAAACAGUUUUUUUGCUUCAAUUCAGGCAUCAAGUAUAUUGUGAAUUGUACAGUACUACAUUCGUUAUAUUGUGUUGAGUGCUUUUCGAAAAUCUUUCAAGAGUGAUAUCUAAAGUAGGACUAGGAUAAGUGAAUUUUCGACUUAUAGAGAAAACUUCUUUCAUUUCUUCUUUAUUCUGCACGUUGCUUUGCCUGGUCGGGGAUAAGAGCACAGUACGCCGUGUUCUCGAUCUGGGAAGGAAUGUUGUAGUAUACGAGAAGCCAGGACGGAAAGUGGAAGGAAUCAAUAAAAAACAAUUUUUUGAAGCUUAUGGUAUUUUCACAGAGAUUUAUUACGAUAUGGUGGCAUAAUUCUGAUUCAAUGCUUCCAAAGAUGUUUGAGUCUAAAAACUUCUGUCACGGAUACCAUGGAUCUAAUGAUAUCUGUUUUGUGUAGCGUAAUUCGACUUGGUUCUUCGAUAACGAGCCGAAUGGCACGCUUGUUUACUUGUACUGUAGUGCUUGUAUGAGGCACAUACUAGCGCGAACAAUGUUUGCAUACAUACUCGCUGAUAAAGACUACACAACGGCACCCAUCUACCCCAAGUAAAGUCACAUUUUCCCAUAUAGCUUCUACCAAUUUCCUAGCAGCGAAAAUUCAGUUUCAUAAGUAUUUUUCUACAUAAUUGGAUAACAAGAUUUGUUUUGGAUAUUUGCAUUUGGGGAUUAGGGCGUUUGAACAGAGGAAGAAAGCGUGGAAGACAAAAAUUAUUUAAGCUUACAGAAAAAGUGUCAGGAUAACUGUCUGCUUGUCUGCAACACAAAAUCGGAAAUUAUUUCGUUUCCAAAUGGAAUAAACUUCCCUUGGUUGCUUGAUAAAGUUAAUUUUACGGGUCGAUUACCAAAAUUAAUGUUUCGCUUUACUGAAAUUUAAGGCAAUAAGAUUCUAAUGGGAAAACAUUUGGAAGGGAGGAAAUUUUAUUUGAUAUACUUGAGAAUUUUUCCAAUAUUGUGAAAGAUGAUUCUGUCCUUGAGUUGCCAGUUAUAUAAUUGCUUUAAUAAGCUUGCUUUGACUCGCUAUCUUCGGGUGAAUUUCAUGAAAAAACCAGUUCCUAUCCCAAGUAUCUUGUAAAACAUCUGGUUUAAUUUUCGCCGGAGGGUUUCUCAGCAUCCAUGAAACACUUCACUCUAUAGCGUAAUUUUCCGGUGCCAUCUGUGUCCUGCAAACAACUUUUCAUCAAAGGACGUGGGAAAAGAUUCUAUAUUGAAUGAACAAAUGAACAAGUUAAUAGCGUAACAUUUACUGUGAAUAAAAUCGAAUGAACAUAGUAAGUUGCUAUCGGCCGGUAACUUGAAAACUUUACUUGGGCCUCUUGAGUGAACACUGUACCAUAUGUCUGGCCGAAAUGUUCAAUCAGGCGGUGACAGCAUCUUGAUUAGUUAUCCUCCAUGACUCGAUUUAUAAAUACAAUUAGUUCUCAAUAUAAAUUGGAAAGAUGUCGGCUUCUCAGCAAACUCUACAAGAAUUGAUUGAGAAGGGUCAGCAAGCAUUUCGCAAUACCUUCGGAUAUGAGGCGGAAGUUGCUAGUUUCGCUCCGGGGCGUGUCAACCUAAUCGGAGAGCAUAUCGAUUACAAUGACGGUUUCGCACUACCAAUGGCCUUAUCGAUGGGCACAGUUGUGAUGGGAGCUCGAAAUAAAUCUCAAUCCACAGCGGAUAUUAUUACAUUUUCCGAAAAAAUUGAUGGAACAAAUCGAAUUCAGUUUGAUGUGAAGGCGUUGGAACCAAGCAAUCCUGCUAUUUCUAAUUGUAGGUGGGCGAAUUACGUGAAGGGUGUUAUAUAUCAUUUCAAUCAUAAUGUUCCUGGUUUUAACGCCGUUAUUGUUAGCAACGUUCCAAUGGGAGCAGGAGUAUCAAGUAGUGCCGCGUUAGAGGUUUCUACCCUUUUAUUCAUCGAGGCUCUAAGCACGAAACGAAUAGCAUCAAAUGACGAACGGGCCAAAAUAUGUGUUCGUGCUGAGCACACAUUUGCAGGGACCCCGUGCGGUAUUAUGGAUCAGAUGAUUUCGCUAAACGCCACCGCCAAUCAUGCUUUACUAAUAGAUUUCAGAUCACUUGAAAGCUGGCAGAUACCAUUUAUGUCAAAAUCGCUAGCGAUUUUAAUUUGUAAUUCAAAUGUUCGUCACAAAUUAUCUGAUGGAGAAUAUGGCAAGCGCCGAGAGCAGUGCUCAAAAGCUCUCGAAUUGAUGGGGCUGAAGAGUUUCCGUGACGUCCAGCCAGAACAUUUAUCAGUUCUCUAUAAAGCAAACGAUCAGGUUUUAAUCAAUCGAACUAAGCAUGUUAUUGAGGAGAUACAAAGGACAAUGGAUGCAGCUGAAGCGUUGAAAAAUGGAGAUUUUAAAAAGAUGGGUGAAUUAAUGAAACAAUCACAUACAUCCCUACGUGAUUUAUACGAGGUAUCCUGCGAGGAAUUGGAUGCUCUCGUGGAUGUUGCCAAUAGUUGUCCUGGUGUUUUAGGAUCACGAAUGACUGGCGGGGGCUUUGGUGGUUCAACUGUUACCUUAUUGGAAACACAAUGUGUCGAUACCGUAAUAUCAAAUAUUAAAAAAAUGUACAAGGAAAAGUAUAAUAGAGAGGCUGAUUGUUUUGUGGUACUGCCAAGUGCAGGAGCCAGAAUUAUUAAGUUAUAAAUAUAAUUCCGGAAUGAACUGAAAUCUUUUAUUCGAUUUUAUGUCAUAUAUGCUUUUGUGGAUAUUAUUAUAAGCAUCAUAUUAAACCAGGUUAUACUGAA